UCUUUGUAUGUUUCAGUUUCUCUUUUUGUUUCUGUUUCUGUUACUGAUUCUGAUUUUGUUUGUGUUUUUGUUUCCGUUUCUGUUUCAGUUUUUGUUUUUAGUUCUGCUUCUGGUUCUGUUUCUGUUUCUGGUUUUGUUUCUGUUUCCGUUUCUGUUUCUGGUUCUGUUUCUGUUUCUUUUGCUGUUUCUGUUUCUGGUUCCGUUUCUGUUUCUGGUUCUGUUUCUGUUUCUUUUGCUGUUUCUGUUCCUGUUUUUAUUUCUGUUUCUGUUUCUGAUUCUGUGUCUGGCUUGAUUUUAUUUCUGUUUCUGUUUCUGUUUUUCUUUAUGUUUCUUUUUCUGUUUCUGGUUCUGUUUCUGUUUCUGGUUUCUCGUUCUGUUUCUGGUUGUGUUUCUGUGUCUAUUUCCCUUUUUUCUGUUUUUGUUUCUGUUUCUGUUUCUCCUUCUGUUUCUUGUUAG